CGUGCUGAUGACGUUGCUCCUAAACGGAACUGCUGGAGUUUUCUAGAAAAGGCUUUAAGACAUUAGUGAGUUUUGACUCCGUAACGCGGAAUAAACUCGUUAUAAGGCGCAGAGACGGUGUCCUUAUAGCAGUUUAUAGCUUAAAGUCGGGACUGGACCUCAUUACUGCUGCAGAACUAACAUUUAUUAACAAUAAUAAUGACCACCAUCGACUACAGCGUGUGGGACCACAUAGAGGUGUCUGAUGAUGAAGAUGAUACACAUCCGAAUAUAGACACACCGAGUCUGUUCAGGUGGAGACACCAGGCUCGAGUGGAGCGAAUGGAGGCUUUCCAGAUGAAAGGGGUGGAGCUAGAGAAGAGUCUAUCAGAGGUCAGAAAGAAGCUGUCGGAGGCUCAGCGCAAAGUGAAGAAGCUGGAGGGGGCGAGUACAGAGCAGGCCAAGAAGGAGCUGGAGGAGUCCAAGAACGAGGAGAAGCAGCUGCGCAAGGAGGAGCGGAGCUGGGAGAAGAAGAUAGAUGAGCACCGGAGAGAGGAGAAGAAGAUGCCCUGGAACGUAGAUACACUCAGUAAGGAAGGAUUCAGCAAGAGUGUGUUGAACAUAAAGCCAGAGGUGAAGGAAGAGACAGAGGAGGAAAAAGAGAAGAAGCACAAGACCUUUGUGGAGAAGUAUGAGAAACAGAUAAAGCACUUUGGAAUGCUGCGGCGUUGGGAUGACAGUCAGAAGUUCCUCAGUGAUAACCCUCACCUGGUGUGUGAGGAGACUGCAAACUACCUGGUUAUCAUGUGCAUUGACCUGGAGGUGGAGGAGAAACAUGCUCUCAUGGAACAGGUGGCCCAUCAGACCAUUGUUAUGCAGUUCAUCCUGGAACUCGCAAAAAGCCUAAAGAUCGACCCACGGGGAUGUUUCCGCCAGUUCUUCUCCAAGAUAAAGACGGCAGAUCAGCAGUAUCAGGAUGCCUUUAAUGAUGAGCUGGCGUCCUUUAAAGAGCGUGUACGUGGCCGGGCAAAGGUCCGCAUUGAGAAGGCCAUGAAGGAGUAUGAAGAGGAGGAGAGGCAAAAACGCCUUGGUCCUGGAGGUCUGGACCCUGUGGAGGUGUAUGACACCCUGCCCCAGGAAAUGCAGAAGUGCUUUGAUGAGAAAGACAUCCAGAUGUUACAAGAUGCCAUCAGCAAAAUGGACCCUACGGAGGCGAAGUACCACAUGAAGCGCUGCAUCGAUUCAGGUCUGUGGGUGCCGAAUUCACAGCCAGACGAUGACCGAGAGAAAGACGAGGAGAAGGAGGUGAAGGAGGAGGAGCCUCAGUAUGAGGAAGUGAAGAUUGGAGAUGCUCAGUGAGCCCUGAUCCACAAUAACACAUUUCUCCCUUAUUACCAUAAUGCUCUGGUCUGACCAAAAUGUGGAAGCUUUAUGGAGUAGUAUUUACUGGUGAGGAACUGGGGCUACUGGAACACAGUACUAUCAUGACUCCAUUCACAUGUAAUACAACUGAACAUUUACCCAAAAUACAAGAAUGUCGACCUAAACAAAAGCGUUGUCUGUGUUGUGGCUGUGCGCAUGUGUUUUUAUUUUUAUUUUUUAUUCUGCCCUCCUGAGGUGUUCUUGACUAUUUCCACUCACCGCUACUAUAGUUUCAUACAUGGUCAGUAACGCAGAGCUGUGAUUGGCUGAUUAAAGCAUGUUCUCUGAAAAUGACUUAUUAAUAAACUCUGUAGUUGCACCUAUUGGUUUAUCAGUAAAGUGUGUUGAUCAGUCAUAUUCUAAAUAACCCGUUAGCUUGUACAGCUUUAUUUCUCUUCCUGUGCACAUGGAUGUCACACUCGUUUGUGUACGAUGACGAUCAUCUUGUUAGGUUCAGACUGGCAUCCUCUUUAUUUGUACUAGAACAGUGACGGCUAAAUAAAGGUCUUCUGUAAACACA